CCCUGAGGCUGUCUCCUACGUAACUCCUGGAAGCUGCUUCCCUCCCUGUGAUUUUUGGCCUUGGUACAAAUGCCAUCUGUCCCUGUCCAUGCGCAGGGUUUGCAGGCGUCUGGCAGUGGGUUGCUGGGACGCCGUCUGAAAUCAAAACCAUGAGCAGCGUCCUCGGAGUGGAAUGCUUCACCUUCUGCAUGAUUAAUAUACAUUCCGGGAAACCCCACUAAAAUCUGUCACUUCCUGCAUGAUUCUAGGCCUAGAGGCUGCCGGCUGAGAAAUCCGCGGUCUCUGCUGAUGUGUCUGCCCUGUGAGCCCUAGACAGUGUCUCCAUGCAAACAGUAGCUCCGUUCCUUUAUUUUUAGCCAUGUCCACUGGACUGUGACCGAGCCCUGUCUUGUCCAGCUGGCUCCUGUGACAAGAAAUUAGGGUCACUAAAAAUAUACCAGAUAGUCAACAACUUGUCUUCAGGCUGGGCUUCCUCUGCUGCAGGAAUUCUGUCCUCUGAAAUCUUGCCGUGCGCACGGGAUGUCCUCACUGCGGGAGUGGUGUCGAGACUGACGUGAGACGCCUCGCAGGUGAGCUGGGAAAUGAAGACGUUGAGGUCUGUGGUUCUCUCCUUGGCUUCUCUUUGGGCUCUCGCCUUGCUGGAAACUUCUCAGGUGAGAUGCCAGCAGGCUGUGCAGUUGGGAAUGGCACCCGACUCUUUCGAUGACCAAUACACCGGCUGCACUGAGGAAAUGGAGACGGAUAUUGCACCUCGCCUGCUAGAGGAGGAAAAAGCCAGACACCCGCUGCUGGGCUCUAUGUGGGGAAACCUAUCGGCUGUUUGGGCAAUUAAGAAGAAAAGGCUUUCUGUGCCCGAGGGCUUUAGGGAUGAACAUGGCAUAGCCAUCCUGGUCUACACUGAUUCCUCCAAGCCACUGUACUGGGAGUUGAACAAGGCAGUGAGAGAGGCUGGGGUCUCCCGAGAUAACUACAUGAGCAAUUUCCACUUCAAAGCUCUCCAUUACUAUCUGACGAGAGCCCUGCAGCUCUUACGGGCUGACUGUGGCCACCUGUUCAGACGCCAGCUGUUCCGGGGAGUCCGAUCCAUCCGCUUCGAGCCCAGCGGGGCAGGUAUGUUCCGGUUCGGACAGUUCACCUCUUCCUCGCUGGACGUGGCUUUAGCUCGGAGUUACGGCAACGCCACGUUCUUCACCCUGCGCUCCUGCUUCGGCGUCCUCAUCGAGUCGUUCUCCGCCAUCCCUUCCGAGCGAGAAGUGCUGAUCCCCGGGAGCGAAGUGUUCAACGUCUCCAGCUUCUCCCGGGAGGGGAACCGCAGCGUCUUCUUCCUGCACAGCAUGAACCGGACCUGCAGCCAUUACAACUGCGCCUACCUUGGGGGAGAGAAGUCUCCAGAAUGUGUUGACAACACAGUUGCAGGUAGGAGCGUCAGGGUGUCCGGCAACACGAGCCCUGCGUUCGUCGGUGGAAUUGUCCUGGUCAACAUUGCUGCUCAGAAACUCUUCGCCAAUUUCAAACUCAUCUUGAUUUUGUAAAAAAAAAAAAAA